AUGGAUGUCAUAAGCAUAAUACUAACGCCUAUCAGUAAGGAUGUGUUGAUUCCAUUAUCGCCAUACCCUUUGAGGCACUCCAAAUGCAAGCCCUUGGGCUUGGGUUACGCGUUCUUCGAAACGUUUGCUGAUGCAAGGAAUGCUGUUGAUAGCUUGCAUACCAUGGAGUUCAAGUCGAGGAACUUGACUGUUCGUUACCAUACUCCUUACAACCCUGUUGAGAGGACUGGCUCGUUUAGAUUGGGCAAAUCGAGGGAAAAUAAGCACGAUGGCGUAGAACAACCAUUGUUGAUUCCCAAUGAGGCCCUGAGUACUGAAGAAGCUCAGCCUGAAAGGAAGCCUUCUGUUGGCAGCAGCGUUCAGGUUAAGAUCUUCAAUGGUUUGAGAGCGAAAGCUGAUGCCGCCAAAACUGUUACCUCAACUAUUCUUGACACGAAAAAUGUCAAAGAGGUUAAGGUUCCAGAAGCGGAAGCAGAGGCAGAGGCUAACGACGCCCAGGAACUGGAGGUGGUCGAAGCGCCCAAGAGUGCUACACCCGCUGUUCCAACUCGUCCAAUUGGCAAUUCGUCAUCAUUAAGAAGGCUGUCGACUUAUCAUGCUGGUAAGGAUAGAAGGGCAAAGGGUGACACUACUUCUGAUGCUGAACAGGGCUCUGCUAGAGCUUCUAUGCUGGACCCAGAGGAUAAUACCUACUCCGAUGACACGAUCUUUAUCAGGGGCUUGAAAGGAAAGGUCACUAAAGAUUUAAUGUUCGAUUACUUCAAGGCUUAUAACCCCGUGAAAGUCAAGAUCACCAAGACUCACCGUUUGGCGAAAGCCUGGAACCCUCGUUCCAAUGUCCUUGUCAGGUUCAAGUUCAAGAAUGGUAACAACAUCGAUAAAGUUGUUGAAGAAUGUCAGAGUUGCUUGUUUGACGGUAAUCCAUUUGAAGUGAGUAAGGCAUUUAUUAGGAAGGCAGCCAUGACUCCUUCACCAGCCUUGGGCGAUUCUUCACCAGCACCUGAGGCCAAUAAGGAGGUGACAGAGGAAGAACCUGCUGCUUCAAAUGCAUCGCUGGCGAAGGCUACUGAAGCUCCAUCCAAGGCUACUAAUGAAGAAAAUGGUAAGGAAGCCGCUGAUGGUGCACCAUCAGCAGAGGCAAAGGUAGAGGUGAAACAGCCAAAGCUGGAGGAGCCCAAGCCUAGUGAAGCUGAGGAAGUCGAACCAAAAGUAGUUGAGGAAGCAAAGCCAGAGGCUGAAGCUAAACCAGUUGAGGUUGAAGUGAAGACCUAG